AUAAUCCUGAAAGGGGUGAUGCAGUUAGGCCUUGGAUAUUGGAAUCUAGUGCAGGAAGGUGUCACGCAGAACAAGGCGGUAGGGUUUGAAGAGAUGAGGGUUGUUGAUCAGUGUUGUGAUGGAAUCCAAUUCUGUUUAGAACGUGCACUUGCAUCAGGAGCCAUGUGGUCAGCUGAUGAAAUUGCUGAGCUGUGUUACCUGCAUUAUAGGACCAGGCUCCCUAAGCAGGGGAAACCAGAUGCAAACAGGGAAUGGACUUCACUGGCAGCUGUUGUUAAAGUGGAGUCUGCAACUGAAAGAGAGGUUCUUGAUAGUCCAGGGAAUCUGCAGGUAAUGAAGGAAGUUGUUGCUAUGGGAACUGGAACAAAAUGUAUUGGCCAAAACAAAAUGAGAAAAACUGGAGACAUUCUGAAUGACAGUCAUGCUGAAAUUGUGGCCAAGAGGAGCUUCCAGAGGUAUCUUCUCCAUCAGAUGUGGCUGGCAGCUUCACAUCAGCAAUGCAGUAUCUUUAUUCCGGGAACCGAAACUGGGAAAUGGAAACUCAAACCAAAUACCAUAUUUGUUUUCUUCUCCAGUCAUACCCCAUGUGGAGAUGCUUCUAUUAUUCCAAUUAGUGAACCAGAGAACCACCUUUCUAAGCCAGUGACUGGAGAUGAUGCAGCUGGACAAUCAGCAGAGUGUAGAAGUAACCGUGAUCAUUUGGGUCCUGAAGAUAAAAGGAAAUCAGAGAAAAUCGCAAGUAAUCAUAUAAUCAAGAGAAUGAAAACUGACGAUGAUGGUUCUUUUUCCGUAAUCGCUGAAGACCUGGCUGUUCAGCAAGUAUCUGUGGAACGAGAAGAUGACACAAAUCCAAAGAGCUGUGAAUGUUCUGCAGAGAUGCAAAGAGCUAACAAGGAGACUGGCUUAGGCAGACCGAAGAUAGUAGAUGUUCACAGAACUGGAGCAAAAUGUGUACCUGGAGAGCUGGGUGAUGCCCGAAUACCUGGGCUAGGGUAUCACUGUGUGGGAUUAUUACGAGUGAAGCCAGGUCGUGGGGACAGAACAUGCUCUAUGUCCUGCAGUGAUAAACUGGCUCGCUGGAAUGUGUUAGGGUGUCAAGGAGCUCUUCUGAUGCAUUUCCUGCAGUAUCCAGUGUAUCUGUCAGCAAUUGUAGUGGGGAAGUGUCCAUAUAGCCAAGAAGCUAUGCGGAGAGCAAUUAUUGAAAGGUGUCAGCACAUCUCAUUUUUACCAGAUGGUUUUGUUGCUCAGGAGGUUAAGCUGCAGCAAUCGGAUCUUCGAUUUGAACAUAGCCGUCAGGCAAUUCAGGAAGUUCAAACUGACAGCAAAACAAAACUUGUUCCUUGUAGUGCAGCUAUCAGUUGGAGUGCAGUCCCUGAGCAACCUCUGGAUGUCACCUCAGAUGGCUUCCGGCAGGGAACAACAAAGAAGGGGAUUGGGAGCCAUCAGUGCAGAUCCAAGAUCUGUAAAGUGGAACUCUUCCAUACAUUCCAAAAGCUGGUGACAAGUAUUUCACAAGAGGAUCUACCAGACACUCUCCGGAUGAAGACUCUAGAAACCUACUGGGACUACAAGGAAGCUGCAUUAAAUUAUCAAGAAGCCUGGAAAGUGCUGCGUAGCCAAGCUCUGCUGGGUUGGGUCAAGAAUGCCAAGGAAUACCUGCACUUCACAUGAGAAUACAUGCGGCUAUGUAAAUCCAGCAAUAAGCCCUGGUGCAUAGCAGAUGCCUCUGCGGUGCAAAGGCCAGGAAAAGAUGUCCUCUAGUUCAUGUGCUGUAAGGACACAGGAGUGAAAAGGAAAGCAAUUUAGAGAAGUCUUUAUUUUGGUUUGAGUUGAAGCCCCCUUUUUAUUGAAAUACAGAAAAGGAUCAUUGCUGACUUAAAGUUCUGAGCUGCAUGAAACAAUACGCCUCCAAAAGAAAGGAAGCAGUGAUGUGCUAUCCUCUGUUAUCUGAGGAUAUGAUCUAUCAGCCAUAGUCCAUUGCAAUGGAAGUAAUGUCAACUGAAAUUGAAGCAGUGCUAUGGAAGAAAGGCUGUCAUUCUAAAAAUUUUAGUGCUGCUUUUUUCUUCCACUCUUCAUAAUGUUAUGGUUGGUUUUGUGUUGCUGGGACAACCCUAAUGUAUAGUAAGUAAUAUUUUUAUAACUCUUGGCUCUCCUUGUCUGGUGCCUGGAAGAAUUUUCUGUGUCCCCCAGCCCCAUUGCUUCUAACUGGAAAUACUAGUUCUGUUAAAGGGUCUUUUUUCUGGGAGUCCUUCAUAGAAGCUUCUAUUUACUAAAUAUAGCCAAAGCAGAAGCAAAAGAGUGCUGGGGAGAAGGCUGUGUCAAAUAAUACCACUUAUGAUAUCCCAUGCAUCUCUCUCAAUUUCAGGACUUUGCCAAAUACCCCUUCAACUGCUUUGCUUCUGUGGGCAGGAAAGAAACCCCCUGAAUUACCUGAUUCAAACCUGUCAAUCCUGUGUAAUUCCAGGCAGACAUUUACCUGCUUUUCAGUGUUUCAAGCGCUGUCCAUCCCCCUGUCCAUCCCCCUGUCCCCCCGUGAUUCAAGGUUAAUUAAAAACAGGGAUGCCUUAACCAUGUAUGUCACUGUUUCCUGGCAAGCGUUCAUUAAUAGCCUGGCAAAGGUGGAGAUGCUUUGGGGGGACUGGAAGUAGUCUCUGGCAGUCUUUGCCUUUAUGCUUUAUUACCAAAUAACAUCUGCAUGGCAAAACAGUCAACAUUGCGAGCUGGGGGGAAGCAGCGGGUAAUCCUCCUUAAACUUUCUGUCCCAGUUAUUGCCUUCUGUGAGCAAGUUCAGGACUAUGUAACUGCUACUGAGCACACUCCCCUUCUGUACUUUUUCUAUUGUAAACUACAAUUCAUAAGAUGUUUGGACAAGGCAAUAGUAAGAUAAAAGAAGUGGAUAAUUUAGAACUUAAGAAUUCUUUAGCGAUUUGAGUUUUCUGUUCUUUGGUAUCUUACUAUAGUUUCGGAUUUGAAAAAUGGGCACAGCAGUUCUCCAGACUGCCUUUACAGUCAACUUACUGAGCUACAUAUGGGACUGAACAGUACAUAUCACAUUACAAUCUGAGAAUUGAUUACCGCAAAUCCUUUUACUUCACGCUUGGGUUGACUUGUCAAAUAGGAAUAGUUCUCUCUUACUUGUUGAAGAAAUAACAAAGAACUUGAAUUCUGUGUGUAUAAGCCUGUCCUUUCAAAUCCAGCACUAACAUGCAGAAAGACCGGUUGUAUUGGUGAGGGGGGAGUCAUUGUAUGUGUUUGUAGAGGGCAGAGGAUUAUGGAGAACGGUGGCUUGCAUUAGUCAUCAGAGGAUGAAAAAUGGCCAGAUGCCAUUGCAGAUGGGCUACGGGGUGAACUGCUGAAGAGAAAUGGUAGCAGUUGCUGUAAUUGAGCAAAUCGCAUUCCAAGGGCAGAGUCCUGUAGUGUACCUAAAGAGAUAAUCAGUAAAUUUCCAGGUUCUUGAAAUUUACCUUUGUCCUUCCCUGAAAUCUUGCAGAAACUAUACCUUAACAUACCUCGUUUCCCUUUGUUAAUCAACAAGGUCUGUAGUGAACCUGCUGACCAGACUGGAAUGUUCCCAUUUCCUAUCCAGCUGCAAUACUAAAAUGAGUUACAUAAGGCUAGUUGUUCUGUAGUCUUGGCAUCAGACUAGUUUUCAGAUGAGCAGUUAUAUGAUGUAAAUUCUUUUAACUCUUUCCUAAAAUUUGAGCCUGGCUGUUAGGAGAGAUUGUUCCUGGUAAGAUUUUCCUGUGCAUUUGUAGAAUACUUGUGAACUGUAGAUUGCUGCUUUCUGCUACUUGUGAGGUUUAAAAGUAGUUUUAGAGGUGCUGAACACUGAUAUUAACCUUACUUUUCCGAUGGAGUUGAGGACACAUUUAAGCCUGGAGUGAGUCGAUGAAUAUGCAAAGAGAGGGAGUGUAAGAUCCUGCAGGCUUAGCCCCUCAGCUUUUUAAAUGCUGCUUUGUUUUAGCU